AAACAAAUUUUUGCGCCAACUGAAGCAAAGAAAGAAAAGUGAUUAUAUUUAAUGUUUUGCAAUUAAUGCCGAUUGCGUUACGGUGAAAAUACUUAUUUUCUGUAGAAAUUAACUAAAAAUAAUGCUAUUCAAAGUUGCUGAUACGUCAGCUGCUCAGACGGAAGGGGAUUUGGAACCCCGUGAACUGGAAAGACAUUCAUUGAAAUAUGAAGAUUGUUCUAAGAGGUUUUAUCAAGUAUCCCGUGAUUUUACCAAACAAUAUGCCCACAUAUACUCAGCCCGAUUAAAUACGUUUAGAAAUAUCCUAGAGCCAGUGAUUAGAAAGAAAUGGUCGAAUACUUACAAAGUACUUAAAUUGUGUGAUCUGCGCGAGAAGGAUACAAUGUGUGUUAUCAUAGGAACACUGUUCAAGCUGCAAGUAUUAAAACCAAGUAUUCUUAAAGAGUUAUCAGACCAAUUAGAGAUUAUUCCGCAGCCUGCAAGGACACAUUUUGUACAUGACGAAGAUAGCCUGGUACUGGAAGAUGAAUUGCAGAGAAUCAAAUUAGUAGGAGACUGUAUUAAUGUCCACUUUGUAGUAACUGGUGUGGUCUGUGCGAUUUUAGGUUCUGAAGAUGAGGAUGGUGUUUUCUCAGUAAAAGAUGUUUGCUGGGCAGGGUGUAACAUUCAGAAACCUUUACCUCAAUUGAGUAAUGAUAGGUACAUAGUGAUCCUAUCAGGUCUUAACAUGGCCUCAAAGCAGGCUGAUCAUUUGUUUUCCCUCAAUCUGUUGCUUGAAUGGUUAUCUGGUAUAUCUGGGACUAGUCAGUAUCAAGAAGAACUGACAAAGGUUGUUCGAGUUAUUAUUGCUGGUGGAGUAUUUGCAAACAAUGCAAAUGAGCAUACUCUCAAUGAGGCAGAUGUAAUAGCCUCUGCAGAGUCGGUGGAUGCCUUUUCAGCUGCAAUUAGUUCUGUUGCCCCCUUAGAUAUCAUGCCUGGUUGUAAAGAUCCCACUGGUAUUAUGUUGCCACAAAAACCUUUUCAUUAUUGUCUAUUUCCCAAAGCUAUUGAAUAUAAGUCAUUCAACCGAGUAUCCAACCCAUAUGAAUGUGAAAUUGGUGGUUUUUUAUGCUUAGGAUCCUCAGGUGAACCCAUAAAAGACAUCAUGCGCUACAGUAAAUUGGAAACAAGUUUAGAUGCCAUGAAGAAGACAUUAGAAUGGCGACAUUUGGCACCAACAUGUCCUGAUACUGUUCCUAGUACACCCUGUAUAGACACAGAUCCUUUUAUCAUUUAUAACUGCCCUGCUGUAUAUUUCAGCGGAAAUUGUACAGAAUUUGCAACAGAUACUUAUAAAGGGGAGGAUGGACAGCAAGUAAGACUGGUGUGUGUACCAGAUUUUUGUGACACUAAAACUGUGGCUCUUAUCAAUUUGGCGAACUUGGAAUGUUACAGCAUGGCAUUUUCGUAAUUAAAUCAAAUUAUUAGCAUUUCUAAACAUUAAAUUUUAAUGAAUAAAAGAUGUAUUUA